GUUCUUCUUCGUGGCAAGAGGCACUGAAUCGCAUCCGCGCCGUUGACACGACGACCAACUUGCUUGCUAGCUACGGCGUGUGUGUUGGAACGCCCGUCCAUGCGCACGAGCGUCGCGAAACAACAACAUGCGGUGACGAGCCCCACGGACGGAACCAGUGAUACGAACGACGAAGACAUGAAUAGCGCUCCAAAAACAUACCCAGAUCUCAUCGACAAUGACGAGGGCAGGACGCACGACAACGAUCCACAUCAUGAUCGCCGCAUCGACGACGAACAAGUGUCGUUCAAAAUGCGUCUGUGGGACUACUUGCUGCGAAAUGUGCACAGCGCGGUGGACGAACUGUACUGCAUGUGCGAGCUCGAAAGCAGUAUGUCUCGGUGCGAGGACGCCGCGCGCGUAGUGCAAUCAUGUCAUGACGACUUUAUCAAGCUGAUGGAGUGCAUUCGCAUGCAAUCGUCGGUAUCGUCGAAGUCGUCGUUGGCAUGGGAAGUCAAGAAAGGCCAUCGAUCCCACGUCGUAAAGCCAACGAACGUCGUCGUCCAAGCUCUCGAGCGCAUUGCCAAGACGAAAUCGCCCCCUCCACACGAUCGAUCCCUCUUGGAUUCUCCGAUUCACUCCACUGGCAAGCAAAACGUCCCUCGAGCAGCAUCAUGUCCAAGCCCGUCCAUCUUGGCUGCGGCAAACUCUGACGCCUCCACACAGCAACUCACGCCGCGCCAUCAAAAGCUCAGUCUUCCACGUAAACCGAAGCGAUCUCCGUCCGAAACCAAGCUUCUAUCGGAGCAACGGCUCGACACAGUCACCGCCAACAAACACGCGAUCGAGUCCGCCAGGUUGUCUCGCAUCCGUUUAGCAGCCGAGCGCAUGCAGCACGUCACGUCCCGGAACGCGUCGUCGCGCCAGAAACAAGAGGACAUGAUGUGGGCCAAGCUCGCCCGGGCGGACCGCCUCAAGCAAGCGCACUUGAGAUGGAUCGUGAGUAAAGCUGGGUCGGAAAACACCAAAGUCGACGAAAUCAACUUUAUUCAAACUCUUAUGCACCAAGACCGGAAAAUGGAGUUGCAACAGCGGCUGGACCACGUCGCCGUGCGCCGUGCAAACCUUCUGCGCCAAAUUCAAGACAAGGCCAUGCUCAAGGCCGAGAGCAUCCGAGCUGCAGCAAAGGCAAAAGAGGAGAAGCUCGAGCUGCGAGUGUCGCAGAUUCAAAAGCGCCACGAAGGCGUACAAGCCCGACGCCUCCAGUAUCAGCAGGAAAAGAAGGGAGUCGUUGCUAGUCUCCCAACCGAGUUGCUCGGCGCAACGCCCGCAGCACCGCCAAGUGCAAGCAAACGCAAGGCCAGGCAACAAUCGCAACCUCGCCAACAAUCAGCGACAUCGCACCACCACCACCACCACCCAACGCAUGCCGCGAAUCAAGUGGACGGUGUCCAGCCAUCGUUGGAAGGUUCCGUUGAGCGAACGAUGGCGCUGAAUGCGCAGCGCCUUCGUGACCGCAUGCGAUCUCUCACAAAGUCGACCAGCUCCAUCCAACCCUCCAAGGCACCUUCGCCCCCUGCGUCGCCUCGCACAAACUUGGCAUCGCCGCCUCCCCUUCAACACGUUCAAAACGUCAUGGCCACGGCUGUCCAGGAAAAGAACGACGCAAUGCUUCACAGUGCCCUCCUCUCGCUGCUCCACCAACACCAACCUGCUCCUCCAUCUCCUCCACUGCUGUCACCGACUUCUCAUCACGUAUCCGCGUCCUGCUCAUGGGCUACUUCACCACACACUCUGGCGAUGGUUGCAACUGUGCCGACGCUGCGGUGGGUGUCCAAGCCAACGAUCGCGCUGGCCCUGCGCGUCCUCUUCGGCCUCUGCGCAUCGCACCGCCACCACAUCGAUACCCUGCUCGGGUCCAACCUGGUCCUUCCUCUUGUCGACGUGUUGGUGUGGGCCCUCCAGCACUGGGAUCGGAACGACGUGCUGAGAUGGGCCAUGCCGCUCCUCGCGCUGUGUCUCGGGCCAACAUCGUCAUCCAAGCUCGACACUAUGCGCGAAGACGUUGGCAGGUACAUCGCGAACGUGGGCAUUUUGUUCCGGGUCGCCGAUCGGUUCGCGUUGGUGGCCGUGACCCAGCAAGAUGAUCUCUUCCGUCUCACGUGCCACUUUUUAAUUGCGCUGACGCGGCAGUGCCACCCAAAGCGCCAUGUCGUCGCACGCACGAUGCAAGAUUUGCGGGUGCCCGUGGCCAAGAUUUUUAAAACCACGGGGCUCUUUGGGAUGAUUCCGUUGCUGUUGGCGAGUGUGCCGAUCCACGAAUUUGAACAGCUUGCACCUUCCGACGAUUCCAACGCGAGCAACGGCGGCAACAACGCGACCGAAGCACAAAGUUUUGCUAGGAAGAAUUCGUCGUGUGUCGUCGCGCUCAGCGGGUUGAUUCUUCGCGCACUCACCAACAUCGCGCGCCUCGACGUGACGUGGUUUCAAGCGGUCGUUGGGUCGUCAUCGAACCACCCGCGUUUCCUGGAGCUCGUACGGUCGGUGCUUCUUUCUGCAUGCCACGAGUUGCUCGUGGAGUUGCUCCCGUUGCUCGGUUACUUUGCGCUGCAAUGUCGUGCUCACCAAAAGUUGGUGCGGGAAGACGCCCCUUCAGGCGAUCCGUCGGUAUUGCAGCUUCUCGCGGCGACGCCAUUUCCCUUUUACAGCGAUUCUCGUGGGAAGGAUGUGCUAUUCCCGACGUUGCUGAUCUGCUGCUGGGGAGACGACGACAACUCGGCGAUACUCGAGAUGGACGUGAACCCGAUCAUGUUGGUCGUUUACCUCCAAAAGCAAAUCGAGCAACAACGGGCGGCGUCGACCGCCACCUCCUCGUCGAUGUCGUCGGGCGAAUCGUGGCGCGGGCUGGCGGCGCGGCUACCGCUCGACUCGUGGGACGAUGUGCUGCGGUACUUUGAGGGACGAAGCGGCGGCACACGUCCUCCUUGUAAACAGCGUCACGCUGCGCCGUGAAGCGUCCGUGUUAGGAAUUGUCGCCGUUUCGAACGAAAUUUGACGUUUGGCACAACUCUCAAAUGCCGCCCAGAUUCUGGUGUUGUAUACCUCGGUUUAAGGACGAAACGAUCCCCUCGAAAAUCAGUGCAUAGACAAAGCCAAAUCCAAUUUACAGCGUCAA